AUGUACGAUGUUUGCCUUGGUAUGUCAUCCAUGAACAUUUCUACUACCUCGGCCGAGCAAGAUAGCUUCGAUGACAUUGGUUUCGGCUCGGAGCAAUUCGAAGAAUCCUUGAAUAUUGAUGACUCGUGGACAACGAUCAAGAUUGGUGGGAAUGAUGUUUUUGGGCAGCCUCCAAAAUGGAAGCAACUGCAGAGCUUGAAGGCAUCCAUCGAGCUCAUCGAGGGACACGAGCUGAUUGUGAACGCUCUGGGCGAUGAAACUAGACUCUAG